GGACUAUGGCUGCCGAGAGUCUGGUAGAGCUCCGUGAUUGGCUCUUCCUGCUCCUCCUGUGCCUGACUCUACUGGCCGAGAUGCUGGAGUUGGCGGCGGCAGCAGUUGCCAUGGAGGAGGGCGAGGAAGACUUCCUGUGCCCGUCGGUGUGCCGGUGUGACGAAGGCUUCGUCUACUGUAACGACCGGAGCCUGAGCAUGAUCCCUCCUCUACCGUUAACGGCUACCAUUCUCUACCUACAGAGCAACCGGUUGGCCAACUCCGGCCUGCCGCCAUCGUUAGAGCGCAGCAGUAGCAUCCGUGUGGUCUACCUUUACGCCAACCAACUAGACGAGUUUCCUUUACACCUGCCGCCGUCGCUACGGGAACUACACCUGCAGGACAACAACAUUCGGACGUUGCCGCGCAUGACGUUGGCCAGGUUACCAUUACUAGAGAGGCUACACCUGGACGACAACUCCAUCUCCACGGUGAGCAUCCAGGAACGGGCCUUCUCCGGUACGCCGCGGCUGAGGUUACUCUUCCUCUCCCGGAACCACCUGUCCAGCAUCCCAGCCGGCCUCCCGGCUUCUUUAGAGGAGCUGAGAUUAGACGACAACCGCAUCAACACCAUCCCCACCCACGCCUUCCGGGGCCUGGCCUCACUGAGACGCCUGGUCCUGGACGGGAAUCUCCUGGCCAACACCCGCAUCGCCGACGACACCUUCUCCCGCCUGGCCAACCUCACGGAGCUGUCGCUGGUCCGCAACGCCCUGCAGGCCCCGCCCAUCAACCUUCCCAGCACACACUUGCUAAGGCUGCACCUGCAGGACAACGGGCUGAUCCACAUGCCCCGGGGGACCCUGGACGGGAUGAGGAGGCUGCAGAGGCUGGACCUGUCAGGGAACAACCUGACCACUCUGCCCCGGGGGCUGCUGAGGGACACGGACGGCCUGGAGCUGUUGCUGCUCCGGGGGAACCCCUGGUACUGUGGCUGCAACCUGCUCUGGCUCCACGCCUGGCUGUAUGGCCGCGGGGCAGCGGUGACGGUACGGGGCCUGACCUGCCACGGGCCGGAGGUGGUUCGAGGCCAGGCCCUCAGGGACCUCUCUGGGCUCAUGGACCAGUGUGAAGGCCCACCAGGAGGGGUGAACACUGUCUCUAGUACUACCACCACCUCCCCCCCCAGCCAGGGCUCUAUGUUUACCCUCAGGGCCAUGCGGCCAGGCCUGGUGAUGCCGUUACCACCGGGAGGAGGAGAGGCGGGGGGGCACGCCUCACACGACGCUCUAGAACUCACGGUGAAGCCCCUGUCUGCGGACAGCGUGCAGGUGACGUGGCUGUGCCCACGGCCAGCGCCCUCCUUCAGGCUAUCGUGGCUGAGGCUGGGCAGCAGCGCCGCUCUGGGUUCCAUCACAGAGACGCUGGUCCCCGGGGAGAGACAGCAGUACCUACUGACCCAGCUCACGCCACGAUCACACUACCUCYUCUGCCUGCUCCCCCUGCGCUCCACCUCCUCCCACUCUGGAGGGUCACAGAGAGGACAGCAGCAGGAAAAGGACACAACAGACCAGACCCCCGUCUGCGCUCAGAUAGAGACGGGGGAGGCUCUGCGCCCCGYGGGGGGAGACGGGGGUGAGGACUCYGACACAGAGAUGGCAGCCCUCCCCCUGGCCGAGAURAUCGGCGGAGCCACGGCCCUGGUCUCCCUCAUACUCAUCUUCGGCAUCUUCUGCUGGUACGGCCAGCGCGCCGGGUAUGUCUCCGGGGAAACAGACUCCUAUGGGGUCCGAGGACAGCGCGGGGUCGGAAUGGGGAAGCCAUACGAUGACUACGUGGAGUCGGGCACUAAGAAGGACACCUCCAUCCUGGAGAUCAGGAGCCCCGGCUUGGCCAUGACGCCCAUGACGACCCAUCAGCCACUGCAACCCAAAGGAGGGGAAGAUGUGACCUACGUGCACACCAUCUUCCCCUCAUCGCACGGUAACGGCACCUACCGGAGCAACCAGAGUCACAACGGCAUCAUCACCCAACUGGGUCACACGGCGGGCUACGGGACCAACCGGGGUUACCGGGAGCAAGGGAUGAUCCCAGAUAUAGACUACACCUACACGUGAUGACAUCAUCUAAGACACACUUCUCCCACCCCCACCGGUUGGACGCUAUUCUAAGGAUACGGUUCUAGCAGGCGGUUGGUUGGUUGGUUGGUCUCCUUGGUUCCAAAGUAUCCUCUGUGCCUCCUCAGUUCUGCUCUGAAUCUUAUUGGUCUGUUACUUAGCUGACUGGCUUGGGCUGCUGUGUCCCCUAAGGGCAACCACACGUACAUGUUAGCUAGGUGACAGAAGUGCCAGUCAAGUCGUACCAUGCUGGGUAUUGACCUACGAUAAUGUUUCAGUGCUUCUCAUGUUUAAACGUUUUGAGGUCUUUACAGCUACUGCACUCUUCCUUCUAUUCCAUAAAACACUGUUAGUUGUCUGAGGUGGAUGUUUAGGCCUAGGCAGACGAUAUAGGCAAAUAUAUACCAGAAAGAAGCACUUGUGUAGAUGACUAUACUACUAAAUACUUCUGUUUACACUGUGUAGACACACAGGUAAGGGUUUGAUGGAACUAGUCAUAACAACUUACAAACAACAACUCAUCAUCACUGACUGACAAAACAAAUAUAUGUUCCUAUCUUAGAGAGAGAGAAAUAGAGAGAGGGAGAGAGAGAGAUAUAGAGAGAGAUCUAUAUAGA